UGGUAUCUACUGGUAUCAACAUCAACAUCAGUUAACUUAGGUUAGAAUUUUCAAAGUUAAUGAAAUUGUUUAUAAGUUAAAGUUUAGUUUAGAAGAAGGAGAACAUUUUUUUCAUCUGAUAAGUAAGAAAUGUCCCACAGUAUGGCUUUGGCAUCAUUAACAGCUACUUACACAGACUCGGAGGGAGAAGAAGAUGAUAUGAACAAUGAAGAGAAUACUGGGUCAGUGACAGUACAUACUCCUAACACGUCCCCAGAUAAAUCCACCCCAAGCUCGAGACCUUCAACUCCAGUGCAAUCAAAGAUCACAUCAAAGGUAGCCAAAUUAGUAUCAUAUCAUGAUGACACAAUUGUUUCUGAUGAGGAUAAUAUGGAUGACUCGACGGAGACAACAACUGUUAUUAUUACAGAGGAAUCAAAUGAUGUUAAAGAGCCUGAGCCAAUUGAUGAAGAUGGUAUUCAGUUGCCACAGGAGCCAGCAGGUAGUUGUUCAGCGGAAAUUCAAGAUAAAAUCACGAAGCUUUACAGUAAAAUGUUGAAUAGUUCUCUCGACAUGAAUGCUGUGAUACAGCAGAGAAAAGAUUUUCGUAAUCCUAGUAUUUACGAAAAGCUUAUUAGUUUCUGCGGCAUCAACGAAUUGGGUACAAACUAUCCGCCGGAGAUGUACGAUCCUCUGAAAUGGAGCAAAGAGUCUUACUACGAGGAGUUGGCUAAAGUUCAGAAGGCCGAGAUGGACAAGCGGGAGAAGGAACGUAAAUCGAAAGUGGAGUUUGUAUCUGGUACGAAGAAGCAGGAGGAUGACUCCAAGAAGAGGAAAAGCAAAUGGGAUCAGCCUGGUGGUAACUCUAUAGGUAGCAUAAAACCUGCUGGUUUGGUGCAGCCCUCUUUGACAAAUAGCGCUACCGGGACAAAGGCCACCGUUAUUUCCGCAUUUGGGUCAUUGCCAAAGAAGCCAAGGCCUUGACAAUGGUGCAUUGACUACAAAAGACUAUAGUUGUAAUUUAAUUUAUAAAUGUUAUAAAGUGAUAUAUGAGUGUAUAAUGA